AUGUCAUCCUCCAACAAUACUCCCAGUUGCGACGGCUGGCUGGCGGUACCAUCUGGACCAUGCUGUCGCAAGGGGACACUCCAUAAAGGAACACCACGAGGCCAAUUUGUUACAGUCGCCGAACUAGAUACAUAUCUCUCGCGACCCCGAAGACGUCAGUCAAAUGGCCACAUCUUGCUAUACUUCCCGGACGUUUGGGGCAUGUUUCCCAAUGGACUCCUGGUUAUGGACGCGUUUGCAGAUGCAGGAUAUCUGGUGCUAGGCGUCGAUUAUUUUCGAGGAGACCCCGUUUGGAAACACCGCCGUAAUCGCCACGACCGGUCUAAUCCAGACUUCGACUACGAGGCGUGGAAAAAGAAACAUAUGAAAUUUGCAGACGAAGCGGUUCCACGAUGGAUUGAUGAAGUAAAACGCACCUACGGUCUUCCAUCCACGAAGUACGCCUGUGUCGGGUAUUGCUUUGGCGCACCAUAUGUCUGUUCCGAACUGGCCAAAAAUACCGUCAAUGCUGGUGCAUUUGCGCACCCGGCGUUCUUGAAGAAUCAUCAUUUUGCAAACAUCAAGAAGCCUCUUUAUCUAUCAUGCUCCGAGGAAGAUCAUACAUUUGAUCAGGACUCUCGCCGGACGGCUUUGCAGAUCUUGCAGGCCGGCAAGAAAACCUACCACCUCCAGCUUUUCUCCGGCGUCGAGCAUGGCUUUGCUUUGCGGGGAAACAUGGACAAUGCUUAUGAACGUGAGUGUUGCUCUUUGUGA